AUGCAGGGAUCGCCGGCAGCGACCCCUGCAAGCGCCACGGCGCAGCUGGAACAGCUGCGGUCGGCGGCGGCAGCACUGGCGGCUUGCACCGCCGUGUCGCCGUCGCCCGCCUCGCCAGGCGCGGCGCCAGCAGGGCAGCAGGCUGCAGAGGCCGACUGGGAGGGCCGCCUGGCGGCGGUCAACGCCGCCAUCGGGGCGGCGCUGCGGCCGGGCAGCGCGGGGUCGCCGCGGGCGGGCGGCAGCCGCGGCCUGGCGCCACACCAGGCGGAGCUUGUCGAGGCGAUCAACAGCUGCGCCGGCAACUGCGUCACCUUCCUGCCCAUGGGCCUGGGCCUGCGCGCCGUCACGGGUGCCGUGCUGAGCCACGCGGCGGCGCGGCACCCCGACCGACACGUGGUGGUGGUGGUGGACCGCCCGGCGCAGGCGCUGUCGCACGCGCAGCGCCUGCGCGCCGAGCUGGGCCUGCCCACCGCCGUCUUCUGCGGCGGCGACUUCCUGUACUCCUUCCCGCAGCAGUUCCAGUCCAGCCGCGUGCUGGUGUUCACCGCCGGCCUGCUGCUGCGCCUGCUGAAGACGGGGGUGUACCGCCUGGAGCAGGCCAGUAUGAUGCUGCUGGUGGAUGCCUUCACGGUGGUGCGCAACCACCCCUCCAACACGCUUGUGCGCGAGUAUUGGAAAGUGGCGGAGGAGGGGCGGCGGCCGCGCGUGCUGGGCGUGCUGGCCAGCCAGCUGCCCGCCAAGCCGCGCCCCUUUGACCGCCUGCGCCAGAACCUGCGCAAGCUGUGCCACAGCCUGCAGGCGCGGCUGCUGCUGCCGGGCGGCGCGGGGCUGGCCCGCCUGGAGGCGCAGCUGCAUCACGACCGCAUACAGCUGCACUCGUACGCGCUGUCGCCGCCAGAGGAGCGGCUGGCCAGCCUGCUGCAGCAGCACCUGCUGGGCCUGUGGGACGUGCUGCACGAGUUUGGGCUCAACCACUUUGGCAGGCUGGUGCAGUUCUCGUCGACGGCGGGGCCGGGCGGCGGCGGCGCGGCGGGCACGCCGCCCGCUCCGGGCUCAGACCCGCAGGCGCUGCAUGGGCUGGGCGGCGGCGUGGGGACCCCCACCCCGCCCCGCCCGCUGGCCGCCGCCAGCCCGCUGUCUGGCGCGGGCAGCCCUGCCGCGGAGGGCAGCCCCGCCACGCCGCUGCACGGCACGCCGCCGGCGGCGGGCCACCACGUCGGCGGCAACUCUGCUGCUGCUGCGGCGGCGGAGCAGCCCGACCCCAUGCAGCACGACUGGGCGCAGGUGGAGCUGCAGGUGCUGCACAGCCUGUGGCACAGCAACGCGCUGCCCAGCCGGGGGGAGCAUAUGCGGGAGGCGGAUGCGCUGGCGCUCAUGAUGCAUGUGGGAGACUGCGUGGGGGCGCUCAGGCUGCUGCUGGAGGAGGGUCCCGGCGCCUGCCUGGCGCGCCUGCCUGCCGCACUGCGCUCGCUGGCGGCGUUUCUGGGAGAGGGGCUGGCGGCACGGGGCCCCUUUGGCGGCGGCCCCGUGCCGCCGCUCAAGGCGCGCAUACUGGAGGUGGCAGCAGCCUCGCCUCUGCUGCGCUGGGCCCAGCAGCGCGGGCAGCAGCCCAGCACGGCGCAGCGGCAGCCUCAGCAGGGGGCGGGCGAGGCCGCGGUGGAGCAGCAGGCGGGCCAGGCGACCGCCGGCAGCCCGCAGCCCGCGGCAGGCGGCGGCGGCGGCGGCGAGGGUGUGGGGCCCGAGGUGGCUGCCGCCGCUGGCUGCGCCCGCUCGGCGGCGCUGGUGGAGCUCCUGCAGGAGCUGCGGGAGGACCGCCAACUCAGCGGCCGGCAGCAGCGCGUGGCGGUGGUGGCUGCCAGCCACGGCUCGGUGGAUGCGCUGGGCCGGCUGCUGGCAGGCUGCCAGGAGCUGGCUGGCAUGAGGGUGUGCCUGCUGCGGGAUGCGGCCCAGGGGGAGCAGGAGGGGAGCGGGGCCUUUGUUGACACCGCGCCUGCGCCGGCUGGCAGCGGCAGCGGCGUAGGGCUGGGUGCGGCACUCGAGUCGGAUGGCAGCGACGACCUGGCUUCGGCGGUGACGGCGGCAGGGUGGCUGGACGCGGCGGCGAGUCGGCUGCAGAGCAGCGAAGGCGAGGCGGCGGCGGGGGCAGCAGCGGCUGAAGCCGCCGUCGAGGGCUUGCCGCCACCACCACCACCAGCAACAGCAGGCGCGGAGCAGGCUGGCGCGGGUGCUGCGGCGGCAGCUGAGCCUGCUGCGCCUGCCGAAGCGGCGCCAGCGCCUGGGAUGGGCAGCAUGGAGGUGCACCUGCUGCCGGCAUCUGAUCUGGCUGAGCUGCAGCAGCGGAUCGGCGCAUACCACGCCCUCGUGUGGUACAGCGCCGGCGCCGUGCUGCACGCCUCCAGCCAGGAGCUCGAGUCGGCAGCCCUGGCUGCCUGCCACAGGCUGUCGGCCGCCGCGGCAGAGGCGGCGGCUGUGGGCGAGGGCCGCACGAGCGAUGCGGGUUCCGCGAGCGAUGGCGCCGCCUCCACCCCCGGCCACGGCCGCCUGGAGUGCCAUGUGCUCGCCAGCGCCAGCCAGGUGCUGGCGCUCGGCGAGGUGCGGCGGGUGGACCACUCUCUCAAGGCGGCGAUGCAGCUGGUGCUGCUGGGCGACGCGGCGGCCGAGGAGAAGCUGACGAUGCUGGCGCACCGCAACACGGCGACGGUACUGGAGCCGCAGGCCCGCCUGGUACUGGAUAUGCUGUGCCUGGGCCUGUGCGGUACCGCCCCCGCCCUGGCAACCAUGACGGCCAGCCCAGCUAAGCCCGAGCGCGGCGGCCGCGGCCGCGGCGGCGACGAGGCGGGCGAGGGCGAGGCGGCGGCGGGGCCACCCCUGGUACUGUUCCAGUCGAGCGUGACGCUGCCGUCGGCCUACUUCCCUCCGGAGCGCUUCCACAUGGCGGGCGCCAGCAUGCCGCUGGAUGUGUUUGUGGGCCCACCGCUGCCCUCGGAGCAGCAGGCCUCCAAUGCGGCGGCGCUGGCGGCCCUGGCGGCGCUCCACCGCCUGGGCAUCAUCGUCCGCUACUGGCCCUCCCGCCUCCUCCUGGCACAGCACCUGCUGCCGCGCAGCCUGCAGGGCCAGCCGGCAGCCGGUGCCGGCGCCGGGCUGGGGCCGCCUCCGCAGCAGCAGGCGGCGGGAGCGGGCGCCGACGCGGCGGCCGGCUCGUCGCAAGCAGCCGAGGGCGCGGCAGCGAUGGCAGCGGCAGCAGCAGCGCUGGCUGGCAGCUGGCCGCAGGCGCCGUCAGGCGGCGGCGGCGGUGGUGCCGCCACGCCGCCGCAUGUCAUGAACUUUUUCUGCCCUCUGUGCAACGUGGCGGCCACCGGGCAUAAGGCAUUUGACGCGCACAUGCGCGGCUUCCGCCACCAGCGCCGCAUCAAGCAGGCGGAGCUGCUGCAGCAGGGGCAGGAGGUCAGCGCCAUGCUGCAGGGGCUGCUGCUGGAGGAUGCCCUCCCCGGUGGCAGGGCGCCGCCGCUGGCUGUGGGGCACCCGGGCCUGGAUCUGGAAGAGGAGGAGGCAGGCGAGUACGGCAGCCCCAGCUUUGCGGACCGGCAGGUGUACAGCCCGGAGCCGACGGCGUACCGCUGCGACGUGUGCGGCGUGUACUGCACCAGCCUGCGCCUGCUGGAAGCGCACACGCGCGGCCGCAAGCACCAGCGCCGAGUGGCAGGCCUCGACUCGCCCGGCGGCCCCAACCACCCGGGAUCCCCCAAGAUCCAGCCGCUGGUGACGCCUUACUUUUGUGGACUCUGCGGCUUGUACGCAACCAGCGAGGAGCAGCUGCGCAUGCACAUGCUGGGCAAGCGGCACACGCGCAUGGUGCAGCUGCACCGCCAGCGUGGCGCCAUGCUGGCGGGCGCCGCGACGCCGCCCGGCGCCGGCGCCUGGCAGGAGCCCGGUGCCAGCCUGCAGCAGCAGCAGCACCAGCUGCUGACCGCGGCCGCCGCCGCCGCCGCCGCCGCGGCAGCGGGCGCCGGCGGCGCCGGCUGGGGCUUUGGCGCCGGCGGCGGCGCCGCCGAGCACGAGAGCCACUCGCCGCUGGCUGCCGCCCUGGCGGCGGGCAUGGAGGCCGGCGGGCCCUCUCCCGGCCUGGGCACCCCAAGCGGCUACGCCUCCCCCUCGCUCCUGGCAGGCCCCGCAACGCUGCCUGGCGGCGGCGCCGGCGGCGACGGGUGGGCGGCCGGGGAGCUGCAGGCGGCGGUGCUGCAGGGCAUGCUGCUGGACGCGGCGGGCAACCAGCGCAUCUAUCGGUGCGACCUGUGCGGUGUGGUGACCCCCUCACGGCGCCACUACGACUACCACUUACAGGGCAUCAAGCACACGCGGCGCCAGCUGCGGGCGCAAGGCCUGGAUCCGGGCUCCGCCUCGCAGCCCGGCACCCCUGCCAGCUGCGGCAGCCCCCUGGGCGGCAGCCGCAGCACCAGCCCCGCCCGCGCCGCGCGCGGCCGCCACUCCCGCCACAGCAGCGCCGACUGGGGGCCCGGCGGGGUGGGCAUCGCCGCUGCGGCCAUGGCGGCGGCGGCGGCGGAGCCGCCCCCUGAGUCGCUCAUCUGCUCUGUGUGCGGCAUCAUGGCCACCAGCGCAGUAAACCUGGAGGACCACUACAAGGGCCGGCGGCACCAGAAGAACGUGGAGCGGCAGGCGGCGCAGGAGGCGGCGACCGCCGCCGCCAUGGCCGCCGCCGCCGCCGCCGCGGCGGGCCAGCUGCCGCCGCUGCCGCCCAACGUCUCCGCCGUGGGCGGCCCCUUUGCCAGCACUGCGGCGGCGGCGCCGGGCGGCGGCGCGCCCGCGGCCCCGCCGCCGCAGGCCCCCCCCGCCCUGCAGCGCUCCACCAGCGGCAUCACGCUGGGAGCCGACGGGCUGCGCCUCAGCGGCGGCGCCCUGCUGUCCGCGGGCUCCCUGCAGCGCCUGCCCAGCGGCGACGUGUACGACGGCUUCCCCUGCGUGCGCAUCGGCGACGUGCUGCUGCCCUCCAGCAUGGACCUGCGCGCAUUCCUGGAGGAGAUGCAGCAUCUGGAUGAGGCGGAGGAGGAGGCGGACCAGCUGCCGCCCAUCGCUGAAUACCUGGAGGUCGGCGGCGAGCUCGAGGCGUUUGGCAGCUCCACCCACCUGGCCGCCAGCCUGCCGCCGGCCAGCCAGCCGCGGGAGCAGGCUGCCUGGGCCCACGGCAGCGGCGGCGGCGCCGGCCCGGCCGCCGCCUCUGCGGGCUGGGGCGGCAGCAGCGGCGGCGGGGGCGGCGGCGGCGGCGCGGCGCACGCCGGGGCGACCUCGCAGCGUUACCCCCGCCAGCCCAGCCACGGCGCAGGCUCCAGCAGGUCCCAGCCCAGCUCUCCAUCCUUCCAGCCAUCCGCAGGCGGGGGUGGCGGCGGGUAUGGCCGGCAGGGCGGGCGCCCCGGCUCCGCAGGCCCCCGCCUCUCCCGCUUUGCCCACGACCAGCAGCAGGCGCACCAGGAGCUGCAGGCGGCGGCGGCUGCGGGGCUGGGCUAUGGCCACCAGCUGGGCAUGCCGGGCGGUGGGGGCGGGUUUGGCAUGCAGGCCCCUGGUUAUGCCAUGCACCUGGGCAUGCAGCAGCAGCAGCAGCAGCAGCAGCAGCAGCAGGCCUUGAUGGGCCAGGCCGCCUAUGGCGCCGGCGCCGGCGGCUACGGCGUGGCUCCAGACUAUGCCGCCGCCAAUGCCGUGCUGGCUGCGCAGCAGCAGGCCAUGAUGCAGCAGGCGAUGCAGAUGCAGCAGAUGCAGCUGGCGGCGGCAUACGGCGGCGCCGGCAUGCCCGCCAUGCCACUCGGGUAUGGCGGCGUGGCGCAGGCGCAGGCGGCGCACCAGCAGCAGCAGCAGCAGCAGCAGGGCGGCUCGCCGCACGCCUUCUUCCCGCCGCCCAGCCUGCCCUCGCACCAGGGCAGGUUCCCCUGGAAGCGGCUGCUGUCGGACGAGGAGGUGCAGCAGGGGAUUGCCCACUAUGGCGGCGGCAGCAGGCUGCGGCGAGUGGCGCAGAAGCUGCUUGCGGGGCAGCCUGUCAAGGUGUACACCCUGGGCGGCUCAGUCACCUUUGGGCACGGCGUGGACGACCCCAGGCUGAGCUACCCCUCGCUGUUUUUUCAGUUCAUCAAUGCCAGCUUCCCCCACAGGCGAGCGGGCGCCCGUGUUUCGGUGGAGUUCUCGGUCAACGACCCCACCACCUCCUUUACCUCCUCGGGGCGGCACUCAUACGAGGCGCUGCUGCGUCAGCUGCUGUCGCUGCCCAGCCGGCCCGCCGUGGUCCUGCUCCAUCACUACCCGUGGUGGAAGGCGGCGGGUGAUGGCCUGAGCAGCGGCCUGUUCUACAGAGAGCCCGAGGGGCAGCUCAACACCUUCUCCUAUUUUUACGACCUGCCGUCCCUGUCGCUACGGUCGGCGGCAUGGCGGCUGAUGGCGGCGGGCAUUGAGGGGUUCAAGGUUGACAAGUUGAUAUUGGAGGGCAACCGGGACGCCAGCACCGGGGAGCCCAUACCCACCGCCGCCGCCGCCUCCCGAGCCGACUAUCUGUACAUUGACACCAUCCACCCCGGCCCCAACGGCCACCAAGUGUUGGCGGAGCUGCUCAGCGGGCUGCUGAGGCGAGCAGUGGGCGAGGUAGCAGUCGGGGCGGCGCCAGCAGCCCGGAGAGACCCACGGCUGGAGGGGCUGCCGCCGCCCAUGAUCCCAAACUUCGAGGAGAACCAGGCCUCGCUCUGCGCACAGCUGGAGGCCUUCAAGACCAUGGUGGCACGCCAGCGGGGCUUUGAGUACCGCCCAGAGAAGCCGCUGCUUCACUCCUGGGUGGAGCAGAAGUGGGGGUGGACCGGCAGUGAGCCAGGGUCUUGGGCUGAGAUAGAGGUGGACACGCGGCCCAAGCCGGGCACCAAGGCCCGCCGCACGUCGCUGCUGCUGUCCCACCUGCGCAGCUACAGUGGCAUGGGCACCGCCGCUGUGGAGUGUGUGUCGGGGUGCGCCUGCGACCCCAACACCCUGGAUGGCACCACCGCCAGCCACGUCUCUGUCUUCAAGGUCCACUCCUUCAAGGUGUCACAGCAUGCCCGCUGCCGCAUCCGAGUGACCGUCAGUGAUGAGCGGGGAGAGACACCACAGGAGGGGCACAAGGUCAUGCUGGCGGCGGUGAUGGUGACACACAAGGUGCACUGA